AACUCGCAUACAAACCUUGUGCUGUCAGAACAAGCAGAGAACUUCAAGGAAGAAUGGCCGAAACCCAGACACUUAACUUUGGACCAGAAUGGCUCCGUGCCCUGUCUGGAGGUGGUGGCAGCGGUGGUGGUGGAAGCAGCAGCGCUGUUGCCUCUCCACCCCUCUCACCUGCAUUGCCAAAGUAUAAACUUGCAGACUAUCGCUACGGGAGAGAAGAAAUGUUAGCACUUUAUGUAAAGGAUAACAAGAUCCCUAUAGACCUACAUGAUAAGGAGUUCCUGCCCAUAUUGCAAGAGGAGCCCUUACCGCCUCUGGCACUCGUGUCUUUUACAGAGGAGGAACAGAGAAAUUUUUCCAUGUCUGUAAACAGUGCAGCAGUACUUCGGCUGACAGGCCGAGGAAGCGGUCCGAUAGCAGGGGCACCAAGAGGCCGAAGUACCUCAAGGGGUAGAGGCCGGGGGAGAGGAGAUGGAGGGUUUUACCAAAGAAGUUUUGAUGAUGUAGAAGGUUUUGGUCGUGGAGGGAGGGAGAUGCAUCGCUCCCAGAGCUGGGAAGAAAGGGGAGAUAGAAGGUUCGAAAAGCCAGGUCGAAAAGACCCAGAUGCUGCUCCAGGACAUUUUCAGAUGAAUCACAUCCGAGGAAACUACGAGGACGGUGGGACAGGUCUACCGAGGAAGCACGACUUCACGCGUUCAGAGAGUGAGAACUGGCGUACUUCUCGAGAUGAUCAGAAUGGUGAGGAUGAUGAGGGGGGCUGGCGACUGGCGGGUUCUCGACGGGACAGUGACCGGUGGUGCCCCCCAAGCCCAGAUGGGCCUCGGUCAGCAGGGUGGCGGGAACACCCAGACCAGCGUCGUCGCUUCCCGUUUGAUGCAAGAGAAGACGAGCGUGGAUACAGGAGGCCACGGUCAGGCAGCGGCAGCCUGGAAGAUGAGAGGGACAGCUUGCCAGAGUGGUGUCUAGAGGACGCAGACGAGGAGGCGGGCACCUUCGACUCGUCAGGGGCCUUUCUCUCUCUCAAGAAAGCCUCCAAGGAGCCAAUCCUGGAAGAGGCAGAGCUCGACUUCAAGCCCCUGGAAGAGUGUGAAGAAGGCCUGGAGGAGGAGGACAGUCAGCCCAAGGAGACCAAAGAAACAGACAUGGAGGCCAAGAGAGAGGCUGACCGUAAAGAGUUGGCCAGAGUGUCCGAGGAGGCUCCAUCUGUUGCUCCACCUGUUGCUCCCCCAGUCUCAGAGUCUCAGGUCCCUGCCCAGUCUUUGUCCCCCAGCCAGCCCAGCAGAACAGAAGAGACUGAGAGGCCAGCUGAACGGCAGCCACCCCUUGAGCACCCACCAGAGCCCUGCAAAGUCCCCCUGCACGUCCCCAUGUCUAACAGCAUGCUGGAGUCCCUACCCAUGGCCCACAUUUCUACCACCCUUGCAGAAGUAUCUGCUCCAUCGCCCAGUGUCCAGCUACCGCAGCAAAAGCCCAUGGAGGUUCCUGUGGCGAUGAACAAUCCUUUGCCUUUCCCUUCGAGUAUAAUGGCACCUAUUGGCAGGCCCACCCCUGUGCCACAUGACACAGAUGAAGAUGAGGGACUGAAACACUUUGAGCAGGAGGCAGAAAAGAUGGUGGCGUACCUACAGGACAGUGUGGUGGAUGAUGACAGACUUGCAACAAAGACUUCAGAGAAGCCCAAGCCUGCAGGCCUGCCGCUUACACAUGAAGCUGCUCUCAAAUGGUUCUACAAAGACCCCCAGGGGGAGAUACAGGGUCCAUUCAGUAACCAGGAGAUGACUGAGUGGUUUCAGGCUGGUUACUUCACAGUGUCUCUGUUAGUCAAAAGAGGGUGCGAUGAAGUAUUUCAACCACUCGGCGAGAUCAUGAAGAUAUGGGGGAGGGUACCGUUCACUCCAGGCCCUGCACCUCCACCUCUACAGGGUGAUGGUGAUCAAGAGAGGUUGAAGAGGCAGCAGGAGCUCACUGCUCUCAACCUCUACCAGUUACAGCAGCUCCAGUAUCAAUACCUCCUCAGGCAGCAGUAUGCUCAGGCCCUGGCCCAGCAGAAAGCUGCAGCUCUUAGCUCAGCUCCUCUUCAACAGCAGCAGCAACACCAACAGCAGAUCAACCUGCUACUACAGCAAUAUCAAGCACUCAAGAUAAGAGCGUCUGAGAGCCUCCUACCUCCUGUUACCCGAUCCCUGUCUGUACCAGACUCUGGUUCUGUAUGGGAAAUGCAGAACCCAUCCUCUCAGGCUUCCUGCACACCAAACCUCCAACAACCUGCUCCCAGCACGUGGGAUGGCAGCAGUGUGUGGGAUUUACCCAUUGACUCCAUGGCACAGGCUCCAACCAUUGAGCAGAUGCAACAGUUAGAGAAGUCAAAAGCUGCAAAGUUGGAGCUGGAGAGGCGUGAGGCAGAAAUGAGAGCUAAAAGGGAGGAAGAGGAACGGAAACGGUUGGAAGAGGCCCUAAGGGCUCGACAAGAGGAGGAACGCAAACGUUUGGAAGAAGAGGAGCUGGCAAGGCAAAAACAGGAGGAAGCUUUGAGGCGGCAGCGAGAGCAAGAAGAGGCACAGCGUAGGCAAAAAGAAGAAGAGGAGAGACUGGCACAGGAGGAAGCUCUUCGAAGAUUAGAGGAGAGGCGGAGGGAAGAGGAGGAGAGAAAGAAACGAGAAGAGUUCCUUCGCAAACAGGAAGAGGAGCACAGAAAGCAGGAGGAACUUGAAGCAUUGAGGAGGCGUGAGGAGGAGAAGCGAGCAGAGGAGGAGGCAGCAGCAGCUGCAGCGGCAGCUGCUCUUGCCCAACAGCAACAGGAGGAGCUGAAACGGAGAGAGCAGGAGGCCCAAAGACAGCAGGAGCUGCAAAGACAGAGGCAGCAGCAACAAGAGGCCCUCAGGAGACUUCAACAGCAGCAACAACAGCAGCAGCAGCUUGCACAAAUGAAGCUUCCAUCCUCUUCAAAGUGGGGCCAGCAGUCGGCCAAUGCUAUAAACCUGAGUCAGAAUGCCUUGUCACUGGCUGAGAUCCAGAAAUUGGAAGAGGAGAGAGAACGACAGGUGCGGGAGGAGCAGCGGCGUCAGCAACAAGAGCUCCUGAAGCUGCAGCAGCAGCAGGCUCUGCAACAGGCUCAGCAGCCUCAAGCUAAGCUGUCUGGUUGGGGUAAUGUGGCCAAACAGCCAGUUGUUACCAAGUCCUUGCUGGAGAUUCAGAGGGAGGAAGCCCAGCAGAUGAAACAGCGGAAGGACCAACAACAACAACAACAACAGCAGCAGCAGCAGCAGCAGCAGCAGCAGCAGCAACAACAACAACAACACCACCCCAUCGUCACCCAACAGACCCGCACUCAAAACAGAACUACAUCUCUGAGUAGCUCUGUGUGGGGGUCUGUCAAUGCCAGCACCUGCACUAACUGGGGCUCAGACUCCAGCAGUAUCUGGGGUGACACCCACAACUCAAACAUGGGCUUCUGGGAUGAGGCUGUGAAGGAGGCUGUUCAGCAACCUCCUCAAACCAGGAAAGGCAGCACACAGAAGAACAACAAAGGCAACGCCAACCUCAGUAACUCUUUGAGUGGGCGAGCCAAUAAGAAGGUAGAGGAGGAGGAGAAGCUGCUAAAGUUGUUCCAGGGGGUCAAUAAGAGCCAGCAGGACACCUUCAUGCAAUGGUGUGAGCAAACCCUGCACACCCUCAACACAGCCAACAAUCUGGAUGUUCCUACAUUUGCUUCCUUCCUGAAAGAAGUGGACUCUCCAUACGAGGUGCACGACUACAUCAGGGCCUAUCUGGGGGACACUCCCGAGGCCAAGGACUUUGCCAAGCAGUUCCUGGAACGUCGUGCCAAACAGAACGCUAACCAACAGAAACAGGCACCGCAAAACCAACAGCAAGCCCUCAAACAGCAGCAGGAUUCUGUAUGGGGUGGAACAGGAUCUUCGUCGCUCUACCAGUCUAACCAUACAAGUGGCCAGCAGCAGCGCUUUGAGACCGUCACCUCAGGGAAGAAGAAAAAGAAGCAGAAGAUGGUCCGUGCAGACCCCAGCCUUCUAGGUUUUUCUGUGAAUGCAUCAUCCGAGAGAUUGAAUAUGGGAGAGAUUGAGACUUUGGAGGACUUUUAAGGGACUGCAGCCAAGCAAACCCCCACUGACUGUAUCCAAUUUGAACAGCAGCUGUACCCCAACACCUGCCCCGGCCCCCCAACUGCUUCCAUGACUUUCACCUUUUAUUUUCAGUUUCCCAUUUAUCAGACAUACUCUGGUAUUCCCCAUAAAUUCUAAAUUGUGAACAAACGGGGAUCUCUGAGACAGGGUAUGUUUUCCUGUUGUUUAGCGGACCUAUAAUCUGAUGAAAAACCUUGAAAGAAAUGGAGUGGAGCUAACUUGCCAAUGGAACAUCCAACAAGCCAAGAGAGUAAUCACCAAAUGAACUGAAGUUUCUGGAGAGUCUGCAGAGGCAUUGAUGUCUGUUUGGCAUCAGCUGCUCAGCCUCAAAUCAUGUCCUCUUGUGGAAAUUCACAGUGACAACAAAUUUCAAAUUUGGCCUCGAUUGUAUGGGAUUUCUUAAAGUGUGGAUAUAUGGGUGGGGUUGUGGGGGUAUUAUGAGAAAGGUUAGAGAGAUUAUAUCCAUUGUUUUUGUUUUAUUUAUUGAAAGUUUUCCCCUUACA